AAUGAGACUUGUCUCGCGAGAAAGGAGAGGAGAGGUGGUAACUUACUUUUGAGCAGUGCUGUACAUGCAUACAAGGGGGCUUUGUAAUAAGGUUGCUUAUUAGUGAUGUUAUGAAAUUUUGACCCCCAGUGUGAGGAUCAUUCAGGGACCUAGCUAUGAUCGUGAUGUCAUCUAUUUUUAGUAACAGUGCAGAGCACUACUGACAUGGAGGGGUGGAGUUGGUGAUAUAUCCAAGGGAGGGGGUUGUGAUUCUAUCGUUAAUAGUGUUGCAUGGUGAUGUGUUGUCCCAGUGAGUAGUGCAGUAUAAUGCAUUUGCACAGUCUUGUACUUUGUCUUUUGCCAUAUUAAAUGGAGAAUUAUUGAAUAAGGUAUGAAAGGCAAUGAACAUGUGCUCAGUUCACAUUGUUGUUUCUCAUUUCAGCGUGGUCCAAACCAAGAGCCUUAUGCAGCGGCAGUUUUUGUGGCCAUCAUUGCCAUAUCAUUCAUUAUGAUCGGUAACUUGAAUGCUCUCGCACCCAUUGUCACCAUGCCAUUUCUUCUGACAUAUGCUGCAAUCGACUAUGCCUACUUUAAGCUGGCUAUGAGUUACGACAUAAGGCAGCAACAGAAGUUAGCUGAACGAAAGCCUCAAGAUUUGAAAAAGUCAGCUGAGACCCGAUUGAUCUCAUCUGAAAACAAAGGGAAUGGAAAGAAGAUGAGUUAUGGCAGUGAUACUUUUGAGAAGCAUGAUUUUGGAGAACUUAACCAACAAGAUGCCAUGGAGAAAGACGAUUCUCAAGAGAAGGAAAAUGUUAAUAAAGAUGAUAGCUUUUCAGAUUAUAGCUCGCCUCUGGAUAUGGGACAGAAUAUGGGAGAAACAAAAGUAGAUGUUCAAGCUGAAGAUGCAGGUGUAGAAAGAGACCGUGAUGUAGACGAUGAUACAACAAACCUGAUAGAGAAAGAAAGCAACAAGGAAAAGAAUAGACAAGAAGAAACAAAGGAUGCAAAGUACUAUGAGGCAGAAACCCGUGAGGAAAGAAAAGAACACAGAAAGAAGGAGGACUAUUACAACGAAGAACACCAGAUCAAGUGGGAGAUAGAGAAACAACCAUCUUCUUAUUAUUCAGAUUUAUGUAACAGAUGGGUGUCACUGGCAGGGGCAUUUGCCAGUGUGCUGAUAAUGUUCCUUAUUAACUGGGGAUAUGCACUGGCUAACAUUUCUGUGGCAUUAUUAGUCUACAUAUAUAUUGGUCAGGCCAACCCAGGACUGUCGAAAGGAGUCGCUUCUGAGUUUGUGUUUUCCAAAUGGGUCCAGUCUUUGUGGGACAAGCUGACAAGGAAAGAGUCGUCACAGCAACAGAUUGUAGUCCCAGUCACUGGUAUUCCUUACCAGUUGUCUACUUACCAGCUCACUGAAGAGAACACAGACUUCUCUUACAGAGACAAACGACACCAGUCCUCCACGGUAACAAGUAUUGGUCCCCAGUGAAUAAGUGAAGACAGGCUGACAUGGGAGGGGAGGGAGAAGGAAGGGAUGGGAUGGGAUGGGUGGGAAGGGUGCUUCAAACUCCUCGAAACAAGAGGUAUCGUAUGUAUUUAUUUGAGUAUUCAGAACUUGCAUUUGUAUUGAAAUUUUUCCCCUGCUGUUGUCAGACUUAAGUUUGUCUCCAUUUUACUUCACUGUCCUGUUCGUGAAUAGAAUAUUUAUUUCUCAGCAUUUCAAUGUCUUUAUAUUAACUCCUGCAGAAGAUGCCACUAUCUUAAGCAGUAUUUAUUGUUUAAGUUGCUGGGUUUUGUGAAAUGCAUAUGAAAGUCGUUUCAACCAUAUAGAAAAUAAAUUACUUGAUAUUUAUUAAUGUUAUAUACCUGGAGUUUUGAAUCUAACACGUGCUCUUAUUAGUUGAUUUAUUAGUUGAUAAAUAUCGCCCCGGCAGGCAACAAUUAUGCAAGAGACCGUUUUCGAUACAUUAAAAUUCAGCUUGGCAGUGAGGCUUAAAGGACACAAACAAAGGGAAUUGAAUGACCAUGUUUAUUCAUUUCCUUUGUGUUUUUCCUCAAGGCCUCACUGUCAAGCUGAAUUUUAAUAUAUCGAAAAAAGCCCAUUGUUGCCUGCUCUCCCACUAACCAAAGGUUACUUUGGCUUCUUGCUCAAUUCUUUACACUUAACUCCAGCUGUAUAACAAAACACUUAAUUACUGGUCCCUUGGGAAACAUUUAGUUCUGGUUUCCCUCUAAUCUCGAUGUUUCCAUCGACUUUGUCUUAAGAAACCGAGAUUCUCGGGAAAACAAAACCAACAGUUUCCCCCGGGACCAGUAAUUACGUGUUUAUUAUUCUUGGCUAUGAUAGUAUUAGUCAGUUAUAAGUCCUGGUGACUUUGACAUAAAAAAAAGAAAAAACAAUUUACUUUUAAAUUAUAGUUAGUUAAGUUUGUGUCCAUUGUUAUCCAAGGGACUAAUAGAUAAAGUUGGUAAAAUAUUAUUACUUGGCCUUAGAAGUGCAAGGCUGACUGGUGUACAUUUUUUAAUUUUACAUGACACAGGGUUACUUUUGAGAAGUAAGAACAACGAUUCUUGAAGAGAUGUUUAGUUAGAUCUACUUAUGGAAUGAAUCAUUUUGGUUACGUAAUUAAUUUUAAAAAUUGAAAUAGCAGUGCAUAGACACAAAUGCCAAAAGAAAAUUAUAGUAUAAACUGUUUAGUUGUUUGUAUAUAAAUGAAAAUAUUUAUUUAUAAUGCAGGGUAUGUAUUAAAUAUUUUGAAGGCCUUCAGUUGGGAAAGCGGCUGUUUGGUUUAUUUAGGUUUUAAGAAUUCCCAUGGAAAAUUUUAAUUUAUAACUAACAUUGUUCAAAAGCACUAUUUUUGUUCUCCUAUUUUUUCUCAAAGGGCUAAGUGUAAAUUCAAAAAAAAAAAAAA